AUGGUUCAGACUAGAAGCUUCACUGCCGCUGCUGCACCGAUCACCUUGACGUCAUCCGACUCUCACCCGGAGUCCUCCAAACGUCGAAAAGUAGCAUCAGCAGAUGAAUCAGAACCCGCCACGAAAAAACCCGCGCAGAAGAAGCGGAAAAAGACAAAGGAUGAACCUUUAACGGAAGACUUUCCAGUACGUGUCUCCAGUCCGUGGAAGAUCGGAGCACAUGUAUCAGCCGCAGGAGGAGUUGAGAAUGCUGUUCGAAAUGCAGCGAUGGUUGGCGCCAACGCAUUCGCUCUAUUUGUCAAGUCCCAGCGGAAAUGGGAUUCCCCACCACUUUCCGUCGGAAACGUCGAUGCGUUUAAGAGACGGAUGCGAGAGUUUGGGUAUUCGCCGAAGCAUGUUCUUCCCCACGGUAGUUAUUUGGUUAAUCUGGGAAACCCGGACGAGGAGAAGAGGCAGAAACCAUUCAACUGCUUCCUCGAUGACCUUCAGCGGUGCGAACAGCUUGGCCUCGAGCUGUACAAUUUUCAUCCGGGUUCGACCGUUGGGCAGGCCACAAAAGAAGAGUCGAUAGCCUUUAUUGCUGAAUGUAUCAACAAUGCGCACAAAGCAACAAAAUAUAUAACAAUUGUUAUCGAGAACAUGGCAGGUUCAGGAAAUGUUAUAGGCUCUCAGUUUUCAGAGCUGAAAGGGAUUAUUGAUCAUGUCGAGGACAAGACGAGAGUAGGCGUUUGCCUUGAUACCUGUCAUGCGUUCGCUGCAGGAUACGACAUCUCAACAAAAAAUGGAUGGGAUGCAAUACUCUCCGCGUUCGAUACCGAAGUCGGACCAUCAUAUCUCAAGGGGUUGCAUUUGAAUGACUCCAAAGCCGCCCUCGGGUCAAAAAAAGAUCGACAUGAAAAUAUUGGGCUCGGACAUAUUGGUAUUUCUACGUUCAGGCACGUCGUAUCCGACCCGCGGAUGCAAGAUAUUCCUCUCAUUCUCGAGACCCCGACUUUCGAAGCAAUAGACAUAUGGACCAAGGAGAUAUCGGCUCUCAAUUGUCUCUCGAAUUUGGUCGACGAUGUUCCAGAGACGGAACUGUCGUUGGUUAAUGAAAUCACAUCUUUGGUGCGAAGCCACGCGACGAACAAGACGGGGAAAGCGAGCAAGACCCGUGCACGCAAACGGGAUGCGACGGAGGACCAGGAUCAUGACUCUGAUUGUACUUAG